AUGGCUCAGGAGGUGCCGCCAGUCGUGGCUGAUGAUUCUGAACCGAGACUGGCUGCAAGGCGAACGAGGGAGCCGCCCAAAAAUGCCGGCCAGAUAUACUGUAAUCACCCGGAUUGCCACGAUCAUAUCCUGUACUUCAAGACACCGUGGGAAUGGAACAGACACAUGGAUAAACAUGACCGCCCAUACAAGUGCACGAACCCAGACUGCAACCGACGAUUUACCCAGGCAGGUAGCAUGCGCCGUCAUCUAAUAACGAUUCAUCAAGUGAACAGCAAAUUGAGGUGGACUCAUUCAGACUGUGAUCGCAGCUCUAGCAGAAAGGUAGAUCUCAAAAAACAUAUCCACCGCAUUCAUACAAAACCAGAUAGCAUCGACUCUCUCCGCGCUGAAAUUGCUCGGCUUCAGCGGGAAGCUAUGCAAAGGGAUUCAAGGCUGGAUAAGAUGGAAAUGGAGUUGAAUCGGGUACUUUCUCCUUCCGUUCGGCUCCCUUCCUGUGCGGAACUUGAAGCGGGAGUUGCCGGAAAUUGA